AUGCAACCCUCCAUCUCCGUCAGCCCCAGCGGGGUGAUUGCCCCGGGGGGAGCCGUCACCAUCCGCUGUCAGUGUCGGUGCGAGGCCAGGAGGUUAUUUCUGUAUAAAGGUGGAAUCCAAAUCAAGGAGCUGGAUGCUGCUGGGGAAGGGGGUGAAUUCACCAUCCCCAGCGCCAGACGGGAAGAUGGAUGGGUCUACACGUGUCGAUCUCGCUCCAGAUCGGAGCCACCCAACUGGUCGUAUUCCAGUGAUAUUCAGAACGCGAGGUUCCUUCUGUACAAAGAUGGAAACCUGACCACGCUGGAGGACGUGGAGCCGGCUGGGGACGCCGCUGAGUUUCCCAUUCGCAAUGUGAGCUGGAGACACGCAGGAAGCUACAGCUGCUAUUAUUACCGACAUUGGUACCCGUUCAUCUUGUCGCAUCCCAGUGACCCUGUGGAGCUGGUGGUAGCAGAGGGAACUGACCCAGCUGGGCCCCAGCAGACGGAUCCGCCCCCGACGGAGCGGGAGGGAGAAGAUGCCGGUUCUAUUCCCGCAGGGGGAACCAACCUGACCCAGGCUGGAGCGGCGCCGGCUCCCACCCGCCCGGGCAGCGCGGGGCCAGCAGCCCCCUCGGGAUGCCCGGAUUUCAUCCACACCAACAUCGCCCACCUGGUGCUGGGCGCCGUGAUCCUGCUCGUCCUGGAGCUGAUCCUGGCUGAAACCUAUUACAGCUGCCCGAGGGGGGCACCUAGACCCCCAGAGCUUCCUUCUCCCCUGCCCCCAAAUCUCCCCACCCCAGGGAGCGGCUGUGAUACCGGAGCCUCCAAAUGUCCCCUCGUGGUGGGUUCAGCCGACGAAGAGCUCCCUGCGCCCAGAUCCUGCAUCUCCAUCAGCCCCAGCGGGAUGAUCGCCCUGGGGGGAGCCAUCACCAUCCGCUGUCAGUGUCGGUGCGAGGCCAGGAGGUUAUUUCUGUAUAAAGGUGGAAUCGAAAUCCAGGAGCUGGAUGCUGCUGGGGACGGGGUUCCUUAUUUGGGGCUUGGUAGAGCUGGGCACGGGGGUGUUGGUGGCAGCGCUGAGGGGCCCCUCGCUGCCCCCAUCAUGGCAUCUGCUCUCACCGUCCUCUUCCUCGGCUGCUGGCUGGCUGGGCAAAGGGGGCUUUCCGGACAGCUCCCUGCGACCAGACCCUCCAUCUCCAACAGCCCCACCAGGGUGAUCGCCCCGGGGCGCGUCGUCACCAUCCGCUGUCAGUGUCAGUGCAAAGGCAGGAGGUUAUUUCUGUAUAAAGAUGGAAUCGAAAUCCAGGAGCUGGACGCUGCUGGGGACGGGGGUGAAUUCACCAUCCCCAGCGCCAGACGGGAAGACGGAGGGAUCUACAGCUGCCAAUCUCGCUCCAGAUCGGAGCCGCCCGACUGGUCGGAUCGCAAUGACAUUGUGCAGAUCUUUGUAGCAGAGCUCAUCUUCCGCAAACCCUCCAUCUCCCUGAGCCCCAGAAUGGGGGUCGCCCUGGGGGGAGCUGUGACCGUCCGGUGUCAGGGUUGGCACCAGAACAUGAGUUUCCUUCUGUACAAAGAUGGAAACCCGAAUGCGCUGCAGGACAUGGAGCCUGCUGGGGACCUGGCUGAGUUUCCCAUUCGCAACGUGAGCUGGAGAGACGCUGGGAACUACAGCUGCUAUUAUCACCACAAAUUGUACCCGUUCAUCUGGUCACAUCCUAGCGACCCCGUGGAGCUGGUGGUAGCAGGGGGAACUGACCCGACUCAGCCGGGAACGGCGCCGACUUCCACCCACCCAGGCAGCGUGAGGCCAGGGGGAUCAGAACCAAGCGCAGCACCGGGUCUGACCCGCGCCAUCAUCGGCAGGGUGAGCGCGGUGGCCGCCGGCUUCCUGCUCCUCCUCCUGAUCUUCCUCUGCUACAGAAGAACCCGAGGAAAGAAAGGACCAGCCCUGAGACAGAGCAGGGAGUCUGAGGCUGCAGCCACAGUCCGUAAGUCACUCAUGAGGGGGCAGCUAUAGGGGAGGGGUGAGUGUCCCCUGGUAGGGGCUGUGUCCUGUGGGGGGGACAUGCUGAUGUGGGUGCAGCUCUGACUCACUGCGUGCAUUUGGGGGGUGCCUUGGCCCUGCUCUGUGCCUCGGUUUCCCCUGCUGCACCAUGGGGCUAGUGUAGGAUU